AUGUCUUUAAACGCUACAAAUCCAUUCGAGAAUAUUAUUAAAGUUAAAGGUCCCAAUCGAUCCGAUUAUGAAGCUUAUAGUUCGAAAUGUUUCUUUUCUUAUCCUCCCAAUGGUACAAGAUUUCAAACGGGUUACCUCGGUAUCGGUCCUUCCAUAGUUUCCGGACGAUUUCACUUACGUUAUCCUAAAAAUCGUUCAAUAAAUAUUUCAAAAAUUACUUUGUCUUUAAAAGGGGGUGAAUCUUUUAGUUAUAGUAAAUUGGAUUCGGUACAAACUGUAAAUAAUAAUUUCUUUGAAUCGAAUAUCGUUCUUUGGUCGUCGGCAGAUCUUAGAUUUACAUUUAAACUUGACGACGAUUUACCUCCUUCCUUUAUUUAUAACAAUAUAGCAAAUAAUGUUUCAACUUGUGGUGUUAUAUAUAUGUUUGAGGCUAUCAUAUAUAAUAAUACUGGUGUUCACAAAGUGAUUAGAUGCAUUUGUCCAAUCACACGAUGGAGUUUACCAAAUUUAGUUAAACAACCUGAAUUAUUAACUCGACCUAAAUAUAAUAAUCGACGAUGGAAUAAUUUAACUAAUUUUGGUGGUGGUAAUGGAAGUGAAAUAGAAAAUAUUAUUUAUCAUGCAAAACUUGAAAAUAAAACUUUUAAUAUGGGAUCAACUUUAAAUCUUUUGGUUUCAUUAAUUUUACCCCCAACUUUUACUUCUUCAAUAAAAGAGGUACGAUUAGGAAUUAAAGAAUAUCAAAUUUUACAAGAAGCUGGAUAUAAUAUACAUUUGUCAAAAUAUAAGGUUGCCAAUAAUGUACAUAAAGGAAAAGAAUUUAUUAAAAAAUUAAUAAUCGAUGAAAAAGAUGGGAAAAUUAAAGAAAUACGAUAUUUAUUAGAUUUGGAAUUGGAAAUUCCGAAAUAUGAUAUUAUGCCAGAUUUCGAUAAUACUCGUGAACUUAAUCAUGCUAAUUUGGAACAUCAAUUAAAAGUUAGAAUUAAAUUUGGUAGAUUUAAAUCUUUAAUAUUAAAAGGUGAAAUAUUAAUUAAAAAAUCUUUGAGUGAAAAGAAACUUGAUGAGGCAAUCAAAAAUGGAAUGAUUUAUAAUAAAACAUAA